AACAGGAUGAAGCUUAAUUUGGUUAUCUUUAUAGGGAUUGGCAUUUAUUGUAUUCAAUACAGCGAAGCAGGCUGCUGUCCUAAACCCAAACCUGUCGUAAUUACUGACGAAAACGUUGCAGCUGUUGGAGAUUGCUUAAAAGAUUUAGUGAACACAUAUCGAAACCAAGAUCGUUUAAAGAAAAUCAUUAUUGAAAGAGUUACAACUAUAAAAGAAAAAUUUACAAUAACUGUUCAAACACGUGGACUAUUCUCAGGCUUCCAGAGUGUGCUCAGAAAUUUCUAUAAAGGGGCAUCAAAUGUAGUUAAUUCUUUAUUACCUCGUAAUAAAGACUUUUUCGAUGUAGUCGCUAAUUGUACGAAGAGACUAUUAAAAUUCUUUAUCCCAAACAACCCACCACUUCUAGAUGUCUGCGACAAAAUCACACUUGCUGGAACAUCUAUAGCAAGAAUAGCAUGUGAUACUGUCAUAAAUAGCUUUCUAGAUAGAUAAGUACCUAACCCGUCUAAAAAAAGAAAUACAUUCAUUUAUCUAGAACAUAAAGUCAGCAAUCAAACUCAUUGUAUAUUUUGACAAUAAAUUAUUUUAAAUUA